UUCACAGGACGACGGCUACAAACACCAUGUCAUCUAAAUCCUCCCUUCUUAAAGUCAUUCUCCUGGGCGACGGUGGAGUGGGAAAGAGCUCGCUCAUGAACCGCUACGUCACGAACAAGUUCGACGCCCAUCUCUUUCACACCAUCGGCGUGGAGUUCCUCAAUAAAGACCUGGAGGUGGACGGCCGCACGGUCACGCUGCAGAUCUGGGACACGGCGGGUCAGGAGCGAUUCCGCAGCCUGCGGACGCCCUUCUACCGCGGCUCCGACUGCUGCCUUCUGACCUUCAGCGUGGACGACAGCCAGAGCUUCCACAACCUC